AUGGUGUUGGUCACCAAGGCCUCUUCAAUGGACAAGUUCGGAGCCUCUGCAGCAGGCUCGAAAACCACUGCACCGACAGAGGUAGACCCUUACAGAUAUCAGCUGGGAUUUGGCAACUACUUUUCCACAGAGGCUGUUCCAGACAUCCUCCCCGAGCCCGGUAGGAAUGUUCCUCAGAGAUGUACCUUCGACUUGUACUCUGAGCAGUUGAAUGGCACUCCUUUUGUAUCGUACCGGGACACCCUUCAGCAUGUGUGGAUGUAUCGCAUUCGGCCAUCUGUUGCUCAUUCCCGGCCGAGGCCAAUGGCCCCUACACCUGAUCUCGAGGCAUGCUUUUCGAAACACAAUCCCAACGUACAGUUCACUCCUCUCACCUACGAAUGGGGUCCCUUGGAGUGGCCAGAUGAGAAUGAAUCUGUCACUUUUAUCCAAGGGCUCAAAACCAUCGGUGGAUGGGGCGACCCUACGAUCAAAGAAGGUUUGGCAAUGCACAUGUAUGCUUGCAACGCUUCGAUGAAGAACCAAGCAUUUUGUAACAACGAUGGUGAUUUCCUGAUUCUACCUCAAGUUGGAAGGCUCGACAUCCAGACCGAACUGGGCAGACUCAUGGUCCGCCCGGGCGAGCUGUGUGUUGUUCAAGCGGGGUUGAAAUGGAAGGUUUCAUUGCCAGAUGGGCCAGCAAGAGGAUACGUUCAUGAGAUCUUUGGCUCGCAUUUCGAACUCCCUGAUCUUGGAGUCAUUGGCUCCAACGGUCUAGCUCAUCCCCGAGAUUUCGAGUACCCUGUUGCAGCUUUCGAUCUUGACGACUCCAAAUGGGAAGUUGUCUGCAAACUCACUGGUGAUCUAUUCUCAUACAAGCAAAACCACACCCCUUUCGACGUCGUCGGCUGGCAUGGAAGCUACGUGCCAUUCAAGUAUGCCAUGGAGAAGUUUGUACCGCUCGCGUGUGCGAUGAAGGAACAAUGCGAUCCGACCAUCUACACGGUCCUUAUCGCCAAAUCGAAAACGCCAAAGGUGUCUCUGUCAGAGUUUGCAGUCUACACUGCCAAGCAUAUCACAGCUCUAGAUACGUACCGUCCACCAUACUACCACCGAAACGUGUCCACAGAAAUGCUGGGCAUGAUCUACGGCGAGUACCAUGGAUCUGUUCGUGACGUUCAAGCAGGCUGCUUGAGCUGUGAAAACUCCUACAUGCCUCACGGAGAUGCAUACAAAGCUUGGAAAGAGGCCACGACCAAAGAAUUGAAACCCGAGAUUAUGGGCGAAAAUGCACUAAGCUUCAUGUUCCACUUGAACAACCAUUUUGGUUUGACUCGUUUUGCCUUGGACAGAAACCCAAGCAUCAAGCAUAUCGAAGGGUAUGAGGGCGACUUUUGGGAUGAUCUCCAGGGACAUUUCAUGGAUCACUUGGACGAGGUCAACGAGAGACUUGCCGCAGCUGGACUGCCGCAAUUAGGUCAAAAGCCAGCAUAA